CACGUCUUAGAGCCCUGAGGCCUGAGCCCGUCUUACAACAAAGGAACUGUUAGCGCUGAAAGGGUGAACUAUGUAACAAUCGACGCCAAGAACUGGAAGUUCAAGACACUGAGACCAUGACGCCACCACCACAAGGCUCCUCAUCACCAGCCCUCGGCCAGCGCAUCCUCUCCGAGCUGGGCCUGACAGCCCUCGCCCGUUCAAAGGCCGAUGUCAAGCUCCUCAUUCUGCAACGAUUCGUGCGCCUGGCCGCCUAUGGCGCCUCGACUCUCGUUCUCGUCUCGUUCCUGCGCGCCCUCGGCCACUCGCGCGCCCGCGCGGGGCUGUUCAUGACGCUCACCUUGGUCGGCGAUGUGCUCAUCUCGCUGCUGCUCUCCCUCAGCGCCGACCGCCUUCUCGGCCGCCGCGCGGUGCUAGCUCUCGGGGCCACCCUCAUGGCGCUGUCGGGUGUCGUUUUUGCCGCUGCUCCGCCGUCUUUCUGGGUCCUGUUGGCUGCUGCCGUCGUCGGCGUCAUCAGCCCCAGUGGAAACGAGAUUGGCCCGUUUCGCGCCGUUGAGGAGAGCAUCGUCGCUCGUCUGACGCCCACGGCCGACCGUUCCGAUGUGUAUGCCUGGUACAGUCUGGCCGGGACCGCGGGCGCGGCGCUCGGCAUGAUGACCUGCGGCUGGGCCGUUGAGGGCGCGAGGAGCGCGCUGGGUUGGUCGCUUCUCGAUGCCUACCGCGCCGUCUUCCUGGCGUAUGCGGCCCUGGGGUUGACCAAGCUGGUGCUUGUCUUGGCUCUGUCGUCCAACGUCGAAGCGGAUGAAGAGCUUUCCGAUUCAAGUGAUUCGGGAGCCGCGCCGACGGAUACGACGCCGCUGCUUAAUACGAAUCCCGAGCCCCAGCCCGGAUUCAGGAACAGGCGCUGGUGGGCAGCGCUCUUGCCGCAGCUCAGCCCAGAGAGCAAGGAGAUCACGGUGGCCCUCUGCCUUCUCUUUGCCGUCGACUCGUUUGCGUCGGGUCUGGCCCCCUUAUCGUGGCUUACAUACUACUUUCGCUCCCGUUUCGACCUGGACGAGGGACGAUUGGGCUCCGUCUUCUUCACCACUAGCAUCAUCUCUGCUACCUCGGUCAUUGUUGCCUCGGCCAUAGCCAAGCGUCUUGGAAACGUCAAGACUAUGGUCUUCACCCACCUUCCCUCAUCCAUCUUCCUCGCCGUUAUCCCUGUUCCCUCAUCCCUGCCAUUGUCGCUGUUCUUCCUCAUCCUUCGGGCCUGCACGCAGUCCAUGGACGUCGCCCCGCGCUCCGCCUUCCUCGCGGCCGUACUCCUCCCAAGCGAGCGGACCGCCGUCAUGGGCGCCAUCAACGUCGUCAAGACCACCGCGCAAAGCCUCGGUCCGCUCAUCACGGGCGUGCUCGCUGGCAGGGAUCUCUUUUGGGUCAGCUUCGUGUGUGCUGGCUCCCUCAAGGCCUGCUAUGACCUUGGCCUGCUCGCCGUCUUCAAAAACUACGAGAGGGAUAGGCAGGAGCAGCGUGAUGAGGAGCAGCAGGGAAACGGGUCAUGACUUGUUCGUAUGAUGAUAGCGUUUUUGAAGUCUACGCGCUUAACCUAGCGUGAGACAUCCGGCAGCAUCGGAUCUGACCCGUCUCAUGAUCACCUCCCGAAGGCCUCGCUCGUGGUACAUGCUGCAAGAACUCCUU